UGUUUUCGCAUGUACGAUGUACACAUUUACAUCCAGAUUAUAUAAAAAAAUAAGAAAAGAAACUUAAAAUGCCUUUGACAAGAAAACAUCCUUGUAAGGGGAAUUAUAAAAACACAACAGAAGGUAUAAACCACUGGUACAACUUACCAAACGAUGUGAUGGAAAAUAUAUUCAAAUAUUUUCCUCAAAAGGAUAUGUUUCGACUAGCGACCGUGUGCCAGUCUUGGCGGAAUAUGAUCUACACAACGCCACACUUUUGGCGAAACAUGCAUUUGAAGCUCAGCUGUAAUUCCAAAUCUCUGCAAAACAAAAAAACAUUUUGGUUGGCAACCAAAGUGGGAGGUUUCAUCAGGGAGCUGCGAAUCACAUGUGAUCAUCAGCAUGCGAGUAUUGGGUGCAAGUGCAUGGCGAAUCAUUUUCGCAAAGUUUUGAUUAUCCUACAACCUACAUCUCUGACGUCUAUAAAAGUAUUAAACCUGGAAUUAAAAGGCGCUAUGUUGUCUACCGUUUCCAAUAUCAGUCAGGUUAUGACCCGCAUGCUGUCCAGCCUUGACCGUCUGCAUUGUUUCCAAAUGUCGUCUGCGCAGUGGCCGCUUAAAGAAGGCGUCAAGGUCAUGGACACCGUCUUGACCGUGUCAAGAGGAACCCUACAGUCUCUGGUCAUCGACGGAUUCUUUGAUACGACCGCGGCGACCAAGAGACCGGCUGAGUUUGAGCGAGUGACCAACGGCAUCCUUUCUCUCAACCGCCUGACUAAACUAGGCAUCGACUACCAGCUCUUGACUGACAGUUUUGUGACAGCGCUGUCCAGGUCACACACAGGACAGCUGAAGGUACUGAAAAUCGUGGCAAGCAAAUUGGAAGAGAACACGCCCCUGAUAAAAGAACGGGCCUGGCUGUGUUUGACAAAGGCUUGUCCUGAAAUGAAGGUGGCCUUCACCAUCGAUGGCAUACAUUCAUUCGAGGCGAUAUAUAACGCUUUGGAUCCAGACUUGCCCAUCAAGAAAAUACGUCUGAGGCAUACACCAAAGCGUCGAACUGGAAACUGGUAUUUGUCCACGAUGGUAGCGAUCUCUGUGAUCAUAAAAAAUCGUUAUAGGCACUUGGUCAAAUUUGAUUUGGACAUAAAAUGUAAACACAUGCUGAUAGAUACAGUUUUGCUACUCCUCGUCAAGGAAUGUAAAGAACUGCUGUAUGUAAAAACAACAGCAGACCUAUAUUACAGUAAUACCAUGAUGGUGGUAGAUAGAGUACUACAACAGCGAAAACGCCAGUGCCCAGAAUUGCCGCGCAAACGCGCGAGAACUAACCGGCUGCUGUGAGCAGCUUCGAAUAAAAAAAGGCAGAGUGCUGUGGAUGAGACCAGGGCGGUUGGUCUUAAUUAAAACGUUUAUUGAUUUAUUUGUGUACAUAUAAAUUAGGAUACUUAAAGAAAUAUAUUUGAAAGUAUUAGGGACUUUUUUGAAAAUAUGGUUGAAAUGACAACGGCGGCCAACUUUAAAAAAAAAAACAACCAAUUUGUGGAUUUCUAAAAUUUCAUAAACUAAUAUAUAUAUAUAUAUAUAUAUAUAUAUAUAUAUAUAUAUAUAUAUAUAUAUAUAUAUAUAUAUAUCGGUUAUAUAACCAUUGAUACUUCUUUUACUAACACUAAUAGUCA